CGAUAGUUGAUAUCGAUAUUAGCCCAGCUCUAUUUGGCUGCUUGUCGGAUUUUUCUUGCAUUUUGGUGGAAAAAGUCACAAAUAUUGUAAUAAAUGGCGCCAUUUAAGCGCGUUCGCCAACCGAAAAUAACAACUCAAGCGCUACUAGACUUUGAUUUGGGUGAAAGCUCAUCAGACAGUGAUUUUCUACCCGACAUUGACAAUUGCUCAGAUGGCUCAAAAGACGAAAGUGAUGGGGAGGGUGACAGCAGCGACGCCAGCAGCAGCAGCGACAGCGAUUCAAACGCCGACUCUGGUGAUGACAGCGAUGAUUCGACGCUGCAGCUGCGCCAGCUGUUGGCCGAUAACAAUGUGAAUCAGGCGGAGGAGGAGGCAGCAAUAGCUCCAGCUCAAGUCUCUUCAGUUCAUGUUGCUCCGCCACGUGUGAACGGCUUCAAUUGUGAGGCACUGUCGUUGGCGCCACCGAAGCGCAUGUGUUGUGUCUGCCUUGGCGAACGGAGCGACGAUGUUAACGAGAUCGUCGAAUGCGAUUCUUGUGGUGUGUCCGUGCACGAGGGCUGCUACGGCGUCAGUGACAAUGUGAGCAUCUCCAGCACCAACUCCACCUGCUCCACGGAGCCCUGGUUCUGUGAGGCGUGUCGAGCGGGCGUCUCCGAGCCAGACUGCGAAUUGUGCCCGAAUAAAGGUGGCAUUUACAAGGAAACGGAUGUCGGCAAAUGGGUGCAUUUGAUUUGUGCGCUCUAUGUGCCAGGUGUGGCCUUUGGCGAGGUGGAACAGCUCAGCUCCGUGACGCUCUUCGAGAUGCAGUACAGCAAAUGGGGCGCCAAACUGUGCUCCCUCUGUGACAAUGCGCUUUUUGCCCGAACUGGAGUUUGCAUUGGCUGUGAUGCCGGCAUGUGUAAAACAUAUUUUCACGUCACCUGCGCCCAGGUGGCAGGUUUUCUAAUUGAAGCCCACCAUGAGGAUGAUGCAGCGGAUCCAUUCUAUGCUCAUUGCAAGGUGCACUCCGAGAAGGAGAUGAUCAAAAAGCGACGACGGAACUAUCAUACACUUCGGCUCAACAUGCUGCAUCAGGCGAAGCAACGUGCGAUUGUCCAGCAACAACUGGUUGAGGCGAAUCCUAAUCCUGCCCAGGCACGCAUACAACGGAAACUGCUGAAGAUACAACAGAAAUACGCACAGCACAAGCAACUGAAGCCAUCGCCUUGGGUACCCACACAAAAGAUGUCGCGUCUCUUGACCAGCUCCGCCUCCGCCUGUCGUCGUCUGCUGGACAAGGCCGAGUUUAUGGCCGUGGAUGUACAGCACUUGGAGCAGCGGGAAGCACACAUCCAGGCGCUGCAGGACAUACGCAAAAAAUGGCACAUUGCGCCUGCGUUCAGUGUGGAAUUCACUGCCUACUACAUGGAUCGCAUUGUCCGGAUGUCCGAGUUUAAGCAGCAACAACAACAGCUCAUCCAGCACAAUGCCCAGCUCAGCCGGGAGCAGGAUGAGUUGCGUGCCAAGUAUGACAGUGCACUUGAGGAGCGUAAACAGGUGAAGGCUACGAGGGAUUCUCUAGCAACUACUCUAAAGUCACUCCAGAGCAGCUUGUCCCUGCUCUGCCCGGAAUUGAAUCUGUCCAGUGUGGAUGCCAUAGCGCGACCACAGCCGGAGCUGCCACCCAAGGUGGCGACACCUCCACAAAGACCCAUCUCAGUACCAACGGCAGCGGCAUUAAAAAUGGGCGUGGGCUUUCCACUCUCCCACCUGUCCACGCCGGGCUGUAAGCUGGACAACACGCGACUGCUGAGCACUCAGCAAUCCCAACUGAACAGCAACAAAGCCUCGACCAUUUCACCUGCUGUUAGCUGUGGGAUCUGCAAGCGGAACAACGAUCAGCAUCUGUUGGUCAAGUGUGAUACCUGCAAUCUACACUACCAUUUGGGCUGCUUGAAUCCACCGUUGACGCGUCCGCCCAAGAAAUCCAAACAGUAUGGAUGGCAAUGCUCCGAAUGUUGUGACAAAUCCGAUGUCUCCGAUACGGUGACUGAAAUGUCUCCAGGACCACGGAAAUCGCGCACUCGCUUCAAUAAGGAUGGAAAUUUGGUUUAUGUGGAUCGCUACUCCCUGGACGAUGUGCCCAAGGAGACGAUGCAGCAUAUGAAGCGUACUCUAAACAAAUCUCUGCCUGUUGUUGUCGAUGCUAUCGAGGAUUUGACCAAGUCGCCAAAGCGCGCCAAGAUGCAGUCGCCACGCAAGACGCCUGUAAACGUUCAAGCAUCAGUUUUUGGUUCAAAUCUCUUGGCCAUACCGACAGCAAUUCCGGCACGCAGCAACUCGAAUCUGUCUGGUUGCGAGGACUCCAUAGAUGACUCCAUUGGCAAGCAGUCGCGAAAAGGCAAGCGCAAGGAUAAGCAUAAAAACAAGCACAACUUAUCGUCGGAUACGGAAAAAUCCUUCAACAAGGAGCACAAAAGGAAGCGUAAGAAGCGCGCUCAUGGCGAAGAUUCUACGCCUGAUCCGGCCAACUCUGGCAGCACCAUAAAAAUUAUAUUCAAAACGUUGCGAUUACCCGGCGAAGAUGCGCCUGAAUCACGUAGUUUCUAUGUGCCCGCCAAUGCAGUGCGCUCCGUGGACGAAGCCUCGCGUCCUACGUCCGUGGAGACCGUCGAAGAUGUCAUGCAGCCAGAGCAGGCGCCAGUGCCCAUUGUUGUGGCAACUGCAUUAAUGACGCCACAACCUGUGACACCCCAAAAAGUCAAGGAGCCAAAGGCGCUGCUGGAAACACCAUCUUCACAGCGUAAGAUCAGUCCCCGCAAGUCCAGUCCACGCAAGCAACGUGUGGGAAGACCACGUAUCUCCAAUCCCAAAGUAAAUGUGGAAAUCAGUUGCUGCGUCUGCACCGAAAGUGGCAAGGCCAAUCAGGUUGUGACUUGUGAUGAAUGCCACAAGCAUUAUCACUUCGCCUGCCUCGAACCCCCGCUGAAGAAGUCGCCAAAGAUACGCGGAUAUUCUUGGCACUGUGCCGACUGUGAUCCCACGGACGAGGAGGCACUGCCCAAAAAGUAAAACUUUACAUUUACUUCAUUCAUGAAUUGCACACUUACAUAUAACCUAACCACAAUUGUAAUUAUUUAUAGUUAGUUUUACACUUUUGAGAAUUUCCAGUUUUUCAAUACAUCUUAAAAAAUGUUUAAGCUAUAUAAAAUGAAUCGAAUAUUAAUAUUGUCCCACUGUAUUAUUUUUCGAUUUUUCUAUUUACUGUGUCAGAUUAUAUGCAUUUUUCCUUUAA